AGUAGGUGGCGGUAAUGAGCCUCAUACGAUAGGUGGCCGCCCGCCAUGAAACCAUGGGAAGAACAAGAAGAAGAAGAAGAAGACGUUCAGCCAAUGACAGAACCUCCAUGUCAGUGAACGUAAGGCUAGCUAAAAGUUACAUGUUCAAUUUGAUAACUUGGUGACAUUUAAUACGUAAAGUCUACUUCCAGCAACUGAGCAGCCAUUUAAAGGGCCAGCAUAAUGGGUGAACCACAGCAGGUUAGUGCCCUGCCUCCUCCACCUAUGCAGUACAUCAAAGAGUACACGGAUGAAAACAUUCGCAAUGGUAUGGCUCCUAAGCCACCUCCACCCAUCAGGGACAACUACAUGAUGUUUGGCAACCAGUUCCAGUGUGACGACCUCAUCAUCCGGCCACUUGAAAGCCAAGGAAUUGAAAGGCUCCAUCCUAUGCAGUUUGACCACAAACGGGAGCUUAAAAAGCUCAACAUGUCUAUUCUUGUGAACUUUCUGGACCUGCUGGACAUCCUCAUUAAAAGCCCUGGCAGUAUAAAGCGUGAGGAGAAGCUGGAGGACUUGAAGCUUCUGUUUGUUCAUAUGCACCACCUGAUAAACGAGUACAGGCCACAUCAAGCCAGGGAGACGCUGAGGGUGAUGAUGGAGGUGCAGAAGAGACAGAGACUGGAGACAGCUGAGAGGUUCCAGAAACAUCUGGAGAGGGUGGUGGAGAUGAUCCAGGGGUGCCUUGCCUCUCUACCCGACGACUUACCACAGAUAGAGGGCCUGGAUGGUGCUAGUGAUGGGACAAGGAGUGUGUCUGCAGCCCCUAGUGUGGUUUGUUCCUCUGGACAGGCCCCCAGGCUGAACACAGAACCGAUGGAUGUAGAGGAAGCAGGGGCUAGCUGUAUGGCAGCAAGUCACCAGGACAAGAGCGUCCCUACUGCAAAGAGGGACAAAAUGUGGGACAAGGAUGCUGCCAUGUGCAGUAUUAUUGAUGAAAUCGCUUAAGUGUUCCGUCAAGUAGUCAUGCUUUUUUUCGACACCAAAACUGUGUUUGUUGUUUUUUUUGUAUGCUGUACUUUGAGCAAGUAUAUGAAAACGUUUGGUGUGUUUUCACCUGGACUGCAGUCCUAACUGGAAGUGAAUGGUGUUUUAUUUAAAAGCCAUUAUGUAGAUAUUAUUAACCGUUUCUGUGUGGAUAUUGAGCAUUGUAAAUAUAAAGCAGACCAACUUGGGUGAGAACUUUCAGUUUUUUUAAUAAAAUCAAUAAAGACAAUUACAAUUGCA